GUUACAUAUUGUAUGUUUCGCGAUGUGCCGUAUUAUAACAACCAAUCAGUCAGUCGAAGCACAAUCAUGUCUGCUAUUCAAUCAGUAAACAUUGAAGAUAGAGCCUUAAAAGUUCUCUUCAAUGAUGGAACGUCUAUAGUGUUCGAAGACUGUUGGCUUAGAGAUAAUUGCAGGUGUUCGAUGUGUUACGAUGCAAAAAUUAUCCAGAGAUCUAAACAUUUACUCGACAUACCAGAUGUAACCAUUAACAGCGUGGAGUACGACGCAAGUAAAGUUCUAAUAAUAUGGAGCGAUAAUCAUGAGUCCAUUUAUAAGGCAGAUUUUUUAUCGGAGUUUGAGUACAAAACUUGGACAAACAAAAGAAGACGACGGCCGCUUCUCUGGCGUGGAAAAGAAGUGGCAAACAAAGUACCUAGAAUCCAUGUCGACAAGUUUCUUGGCUCCGUGGAGGGUGCUGAAGCUGUUUUCACAAGCAUUGUAGAUUAUGGAUUUGCACUUAUUGAUGGACUGGAAGUAUCAAUGGAGGCGACAGAGAAAGUUUGCAAAGCUCUAGGCGGUAUUCAGCAUACGAUGUUCGGUGGGAUGUGGAAGGUGCAAAACAACAUGUUGCAUUCUGAUACCGCUUACACUAACAUACCGCUGUCGCCGCAUAAUGAUAACACUUACUUCAACGAGGCCGCGGGGCUACAAAUUUUUCAUUGUCUGGAACAUUCCAAUGGAACUGGCGGGGAAACGAUCCUCGUGGACGGAUUCUACGGAGCGUCACAGUUGAAGAAAGAGUACCCAGAGGAUUAUGAAUUUCUCACUAAAUUUAACGUUGAAGCAGAGUACAUGGAGGACGGUCAUUACUUAAGAUACUCAGCACCAGUCAUACAAGUGGAUAAUUUGAAGGAUAUUACGCAAAUAAGGUUCAACGUUUUCGAUCGUGCACCGAUGGCAUUCUCCAGUCGAGAGGAAUGCCGAGCGUACUAUCGCUCGCUGAGGAAUUUAUCAAGAUACUAUGAAAAUCCGGAAUGUCAGUUGAAGUUUAAACUUGUGCCAGGACUUGCUGUGGUAAUAGAUAACUUCCGUCUUCUUCACGGUAGAACAGGUUUUACGGGUAAACGCGUGCUUGGCGGUAGCUACGUAGCGCGCUCUGAAUGGCUGAACAAAGCACGAACAUUGCGCGUUAUCAACUAAUUGUGUAUAGCGUUAACUUCUUAUCUUUUGUCUCCUUGCUCCUUUAGUAGUUUCUUCCUUAUUCAAUUGAUGAACUCCGGUCUUCAAAAAUCUAUACUGACGGCUCAUGGUAUACAUAACCUAUCUCAUAAGAAACGAAUAAUUAAAAUCUAUUAACUCAAAUAAGAGUGAAAAAACACACCUCAUAAUAAUUCAUAAUUCAUUUAUUUCAAGAAGGCCCAGUUUGUAAGCACUUUUGAAACGUCAAGUCAGUCUGUUUGCAGUGACUCUACCUCCUAAUCUCUACUCUAACAUUAACAUCUACUGUAUUUUUGCCGUUGUAUCUAUUUACGAAACUUAGAAAAAGUCAUAUUUAUUGCUAGCUAGACAAGAUUGACAUAAGGCUAGAUUGACAUAUGAAAACUUGUAUACAAAACUCUUCUUUAUCUUAUUUAAAUCAAAUAGGGUUAAUUUGAAUAUUUCCGCACUAGAAAUAGCUGUGUCUGUUGAUCCCUCACGAGGUGGACAGACGAUAAAGACGGGUCUCAAGGAGUUACCGGAACCAAUCAUCACAAUACCGUACAGAGUUGAAAUCCGUAAUAGUGAGUUUACCUAUUAGGGGUAUGGCAAGUUAUAAGCCAAACCCCUAAUAGGUUCCCACGCGACAUAGUACUGUGAUCACGUAAAUCGCUUAGUGGCACGUAGUGGUCUUAUAACGCGUCUUCAGGUCAGCUCACAAAAAGUAAAACAAGUAAACUAGCCAAAAAAAUGAAAAUUUGGCGUUAUUUGGCUGCGAAGAGCCUUUCCCACGGCAAGAAUAUGGACAAAUUUUAUAGCAAAGAUGGUGUAAUAAGCGGUAUUGACGCAAUGAACUUUUUUUGUCAAUUUGAUUAUUCAUAAAGAGCUUCUAUUAUGUUUUGUGUCCAACCUCGCCAGGACAUUAAUAACAUCCUGUCCUCUGCCGAACAAAGCAGCGUCCUUUAACAAGGAUUACAUGUAAUGACGGAUUAGUAUGGCAUUAAUAUUACACACGAUCUUAUUAAUGAACAUGGGAUAGGGCUUGUGGCACUAAUCCAUAGCUUAUCCUUUUCUCGCCUCGUUCCAUUAUCUAUUAUGUACGUUUGACAGUGACGAAUCAUGGCUAUUUUCCGUUCCUGCAUUUAUUUAAUCAAUAUAUUUUUAUUUAUAUA